AGCGAUCGGAGAAAUUGAUAAUUUGAUCAAUCUAAAUAAAUCAACUCGCAUUUGAGUCAGGUGGUCAAGUAAAGAAAUGUUAUGUACCUACACAAGCAUGUCUGUUUUUUUAUCGUACACACCUUAUGAAUUUGAUACCCUGUCUUUGACUAGUUUUCACCAAUAGGCACACAUGAUGAAGUUUCUAAUUUCCACACUUUUUGUACUUCCAAUCGUACUCGCACUUCUUACAAUACGUCCCGGAUCAUCUCAGGCACCUGAAAAUACUCCACAAUCGAAACCCAUCAUUCCCUAUUAUCAUGGUAAAACGUUUCACGACAUACUGAAAAAUGAAUACUACGUAGACAAAACAAAUCUGUUGAAAAUUCUAUUAGAAGAAGACGAUGCUGAAAUGGAAAAAACAAAUCUGAUCACCAGACCGAGUGGUUUCGGCAAAACAACAAAUUUACAAAUGAUCGCAGCAUUCUGCGAAAUAAAAGUAGAUCCCAUCACCGGUUCACCAAUCGCUAACGAAACCGAUAACUAUAAACUUUUCAACAAAACGCAUGUAUUUGGAAAACUGGCAAUUUCUAACGAUGAAACAUUUAUGCGAGAUCACCUGGGGAGGUAUCCGGUAAUUUACUUAGAUUUCAAGAACGCCACUCCUGUGAGCAGCAUCGAAGACAUACUUGCGAAUUGCCGCAAAGCCUUACAUAACGCUUACGAACCUCACGAAUAUUUGAGCCGUAGCCCUAAGCUGAGAGAUGAUGAGAAACUCGCGGUUCAAAACUGGACUAGUAAAGUAACGUACGAUCAGAUAAACGAGGAAGACGUUCUGCAAGGCCUCAAGAGUUUGAUAAGAUAUUUAUACGCGCAUUUCAACCGUAAAGUUGUCGUCUUAAUUGACGAAUACGAUAAAAUAAUUGAGAAAAUGCUACAAUCCGCUAUCGAAACUGAAAAUGAGAUCGCCACAAUUCUCAGCCCAUUUAUGAGGAUGCUGCACUAUGGUUUGAUAAAGACACGCGAGAAUUUAAAGAUAUCAGUGAUCACAGGGGUGACUAACUUUGGAAGUGCCGGAAUGAGUCCAUACAUUUCCAUGAAUCGGUAUCUUUUCGGCAGGAAGGAUAAAGUUUGGCCAUAUUACGGGUUCACCUCGCAAGAAGUGCAGGAUUUACUGGAUAGGUCACCUUUCAAAUCAAACAACUCUGUGAAAGAGCAAGUGGUCCAGUCUUAUGAUGGUUACUCAGUUGACGGUCAACAUAUAUUUACACCUGUCUCAAUCGCAGGAUUCUUAACAGUGUGCAAAAUUGGCCCUUAUUGGAGUAAAGAGGGGAAUAAGAGUAUCUCUCAAUUUUGGAAAGCCCUACGAGUUCUUGAAGUGAGGAAGCUAAUGAUGGAUCUCAUUGAUAAUAAAACAAUCGUAAUAGAAAACAUCAACAUAAUGCGAGUAUAUCACGUGCUCUGGUUAAAAGAAAUCAUAGAAAGUGAACAUGUGGCAUCAACGAUUACGCACAAAUCUUCCACAUUUUUCAAUUUUAUGCUCGAUUUGGGAUAUUUGAAGAUAAACUCGGCUAACUCGACUCACUUAGAAGUAGAUAUACCGAACAAUGAAGUUCGUGAAGAAAUUACACAAUUCCUAAAACUUUAUGAAUUGAAUACAAAUUCAUGACGAUGGUGAAAAACUUCAAUUGAAUACAUCCUAACACAGGAAUGGGCCAUUUUUUCAACGAAGCAGGUUGAGUAGGGGCUAAAACGAAAAAAUCACAUGAUAUUUUUUCGAAUGUGCCCCCUCUUAGAAGAUCCUUAUCUCCCCUCUCAGGGUUUCUCCAGAGCUAGAAUUUCACUCUUGCACCCUCUUAUGAAAAACUCAAAAUUUUGAAAAUGCUUAUUUAUUCGCAAAAUUUUAAUGAAAACUUGAAAUUU